AAAAAAGAAACCGAAAUCUGGCAGCCAAAUUCAAGUUCAGAACGAAAACCAGCAGCAUUUCACUAGUCAACCAACCCGGAUUCCCAUCCAACCAACCGCCGCGGGAAGCAGAAGACGCCGGAAGAGGCUACAAAAAGCUAGGGGCGCAGCGCCGCGCAGGAUGGUGGGCUUCCUCAGGGCCUUCGCCGCCGCCGCCGCCGCCGUGCCCGCAGCAGCUGCCGCAGCCUACGCCUUCUCCUCCUCGGGCCCCUCCACUUCCAGGCUCCGCUUCCCUCUGCCUGCCUCCUCCCUCUCCGCCUCCGCCUCCGCCUCCUCGACCUCCGGGCGCGCGCCCAACGCCGUGGCUCCUAUGGCCGCCGCGGCCACGGCCGAUCUCUCGGCGCCCGAUAAGGAGUCGGCGCUUCCGGAGCUCACGUGACUAAGUCGUCGGAGAACGAACCCGUGGAACCCUCCGAGUCCGUGGAGCCUGAA